UCGGUUCACUGCAGAGAUGGCGACGCAUCAAGAGUAACAUUUGCAUCACUUUUUUCAAAGACUGGCGACGUCUAGAAUCUCAUGCUUGGCGCACGCUGAGGUUGGGAUCUUCAGUUAUUGUUAGCGACGUGCCAGCUCACAACGCAUCGCCCAUCUGCCCAAUCUACAGCCCAUUUCAUAAGCAGUACAAAGCUAGCCAAUCCCCAAGGCUCCUCAUCCACAACAGUCGUCAUGCAGCGUGUACACUGUCACCGCCUUUGCAAGACCAUCCCAAGAGCACCUCUUAUUCUCCAGCCUUGCCUGGCAACCACACAUCCUUCGAUCACAUCCUCCGCCUACAGACCUUCGCUUUGAAUUUGAAACCAACCGAAACAGCAUCGUAUACCUUCUCUCGAUCACGCUGGACGUGAGAAUGCCCGAGAGUGCCCUUUCAUAAUGGUACCCGAUAUGGAUGCGGCGCCUAAUUGCGCCAUAUGCAACGCGCCGGCCUAUCCUGAAUGUCCUUGCGAGGCGGAACGGCUACAGGUUGCUGUCAAACAGGCUGAGCAGCGGGCUAUGGAUGAGAGAUUGGCCGAUAUACGAAAUUGGGUCAUCAACAAUGCCCGUCAACAUAUCCUGGCUGCUUUCGAACGUCUAAAUGGAAUCCGCAAGCAUGCACACGCCGCCUACCUCGCCUCGCUGCCGAACUACGACGUCUACAUGCGCUACUCAGGCCAUCCACCGAUACACCCCAUGUAUGUCGCGCAGCUUCAAACACAAAUCACAGAAGCACAGGCCGAACUGAAGCGAGGAAGCGAUGCAGACUGGCGCACGUCAGUACUCCGCUAUCCCGAAAUUCUCGACUAUUUCUACAGUCUCGUCGAACUCAAAUUGCCUGACCCCAGGUCGCCAAGGGUUGUGCAGCCCCCCUUUGCUGUCGCAGGGUAUGCGGAUAGAGGGUACAUGAAUCCUUCUUUGGUGACUGUGGAAAAGAAAAAGAAGAAAAGGAGGGACAGGGAAAGGGAAGGUUCUUCUGCACCGCCGCCGGAGAUGCAUAAUGCUGUUACCCGGUUGAUAAGAAUGCCGCCACCUGUGCCUACACCGCCACUCGAGUAUGGCGGGUACCCUCCACCACCUCCGGGUCAGUAUCCUUAUUGAAGGUCGAUGUCUGAUCACCAUUACAUACUUUGUUCUUCACAACACUCACGAAGCCAACGAGGAACAUCCGUUGCCACAGCGAGCUGCCUUCAUGAUAAUCAUGCAACGGAAACACGACUACCUCAACAUCGAGCAUAUAAAGAGAGCUCGAUCCGGUGUUUGCACUUGCAAACCCGGCCAUUUGGAGGAGAUCCCUUUCCGAGUGUCAAGCAUAGCGAUGAGUUUUGUAAUACAGGACGAGCUGCAUCAAGAGUGCCGCCGCUGAGAAUGCUAGUGACAAACAGUAUCAGGGAUACGAGAUAUGCGUACAUGUUAGUUUCAAUAUGUCAAAGUUAUUCGAGCUAUAACAAUGCAAUGUACCCUGAAUUAGUCGCAUCUACACAUGACUGAGUUUAUCUAC